AUGGCACCAGUUACCCAAUUGUCCGAUCCAGUCAAACCAGGCGACAUUUUCACAUUUAUUCCAAACUUAAUUGGCUAUGGUAGAGUGAUAACACUAGUUUUGUCAUUCUUCACGAUGAAGAAUCAUCCGUUCAUCACUAUGGGGUUGCUAUACAAUAUUUCAUGUUUACUUGAUGCAUUUGACGGUUACUAUGCGAGGAAAUAUAAUCAAUCCACAUCGUUUGGUGCUGUUCUCGAUAUGGUUACCGAUAGGUGUUCAACUUGUUCUCUAAUUGUCUUUCUAUCGGUUUUAUACCCACAGUACUACAUUGCUUGGCAAGCUCUUAUUUCCUUAGACUUGGCUUCACAUUAUGUCCAUAUGUACGCACAAAUCACUAGUGGAUCUAGUAGCCAUAAAAAAAUGAGAGAAGGUGCUAACUGGUUGCUAAAGCUUUAUUACGAGAACCGUACUUUCUUGUUUUUAGUUUGUGCAUUCAAUGAGCUCUUUUAUAUUGCAAUCUACUUGUACUCAUUUGAUGCAGCUUGGGCUUAUUGGAUUAUUGUUGUAAGCACACCUGUCUGGUUCUUCAAACAGAUCUGCAAUGUUAUCCAAUUGGUUAAUGCAUGCCAAAUUUUAGCAGAGUUAGAUGCAAAGAAAAUUAACUCUGAGAGAAAGUCUACCUAA